GUGUUGAAGCAACUGAAAUGAUGGUUCAUGAAGAAAGCAAGAUCUUGGAUGCUUCUUCUCCAUUAGCGUCUCCAUCGAACACAUCGAUCAUGAAAAAGGUUGAAUGUAUCGAGUGUUUUGCUGAUAUACAGGAGUGGUCAAGUCCAAUAUCUGUUCUUAAGCCUAUAUUCACAGAUGAUCUUAUCAGCCCUGCAAGCAUAAAAUAUUCUUCCGGUGAAACAUCCAUGCAACCUCUAAGAAUUCGAUUCGAAGAACAUAACUCUUUGGCCACAGAUCAGAGUAAUCGUAUUAAAGCUUGUAUGGAUGAUAAGGAAUCGAUAUUUGAGAACAUAAAGGUGCUGCUGGUAGCCUCGAGUUUCAACUGGGAUGAACUCUACAUCCGUUCAUUUUCUUCUGACGUGCUUAUCGACCCAUUGUUGCUUGAUGAGGUCGAAUACUUGCCCAACCAACUUUUUCCGGACCAAACUCUGCUCUUCGAUUGCAUUAAUGAAGUUCUCGUAGAGUUUUGUAGGCACUAUUUCGAUUCCCCUGGAAUUUCAUUUGUUAAACCCAAAAUCUGUCCUCUCCCAGACAUGAAUAAUACCAUUCAAGAGGUCAUGAAAGGAGUUUAUCGGCAUUUGCUCCCGAUGUCGGUGCCUUGUACUUUGGACCUGAUAAUCAGAAAAGACUUGGCUAAGUCAGGAACAAGGAUGGAUCUUCAACUUGACACUGGUUGUAUUGGUCUUGAGAUUGGUGAAGCCAUCUUUGAAGAUUUAGUGGGAGACACCAUAACAAGCUGCAUAAAUGGACGUUGGGAAUGCGAAUUUAAUGUGCUUCCGGCUUAGCUGAAGGAACAACGACAGUUAGAUUGACUCAUGAAAGGAAACCGAGCCGGUUUCGUUCAUACGUCAUACCAAUAAUGCACCUCACAUUGGAUUGGAGUUGGGAGAAAAGCAAGAUAAGCGACUCUUUUCCGGCAUGAAAGCAGGGACUGCUUUCCAAAACCCUUUCCCAUCGAAAUCAUGUAGAUACUUAGAAAACUUCGCGUACCAAGAACCAUUCACCGGAUGAUCUCACAAGCAGCAGCCAAAGUUCCUGUUUCAUGCAUCACGAUCCUUUGUAA